GACACUAACGCAUAUUAUUACAAAUUUUGUGCUAUCGUAUUUCGCUUGGACUGCUUUGUUGUUUAUGGCUUUUAAAACUAAUUCACACAGCAUUCAGAACUAACAGGGUAUAGCACGAUUUUGUCAUGGUUAACACAAUGGCAGAACUGUUAUGCGCUGUAGAUUUUGCCUAUGCCGCUGCUAAUAAUACGGCAAUAGCCAAUAAAGUUAUAGAAAUGGCUACAACAAGAAUAACAGCACAACUGCCGCCAAAUAUCGAUCCGACUAAAGCUCCGUUAGCUUAUGGAGAUCGAGCACUGCCAAAAUUGAAUCGUGAACUUAACAGUGCCACCUUAAUCACCAGGCAAAGAGCAUUAAUGGCUUUAUGCGAUGUGAUGCAUAAUGCUGAGCACAUCUGCUCCGCUUUAAGAGUCGGCAUUGUUGCUAGCCUUAGAAGAUUACUUUCCGAUACUAAUCCGGUUGUUCGAAUGAAAACGACAGAAGUUUUGUUUAUUAUGGCAGGUCAUGCAGUUGGUCGCACAGCCUUCUUAGAAAACUACAUCAUUAUACCUUUGGCGAAACUGUUUGAUGAUGAAGUCUAUGACGUUCGAUUAAAUGCUCAUAAAGCAAUCCAAAUGAGCACACAGUCACCACCAGGACCGGAAGGUGUGAUUAAUGCUCGCUUAAUUGAGAGUUUGGUAUCCAAACUAAAGAUUGAAGAAGAUGAUAUCCGAGAGGUUAUUUUGGAUACUUUGCAUUCCUGCAUGUUUAUCGAUACAGAUCAAGCCUUAGAAGCAUCAGCAAUGAGUGCUUUUACUAUGCUACUUAGUCAUGAUCGCCCAUCUAUAAGAUGUAAGGCGGCUAGGGACAUUAUGGAUUUAAGCUUUCCACUCGAUGGUAAAAGGAAGGCAUGUGAAGAAAAUACAAUUCCUUCUCUAGUGAUCUUAUUAAGAGAUGAUCAUGCUGAAGUCAGAGCAAAGGCUGCUGGUGCACUAAUGGUCAUAACAAUUACGACUGAGGGUAAAUAUAAAUCAAUCGAAUCCAAAAGUAUUCCCCCUCUGAUCUCGCUUCUCAGCGAUGUUCACAGCGAAGCUAGGCUAAAUGCCAUUAAGGCAAUAACAACUCUUGCUGAAGCACCAUCAGGCAGGCAAGAACUUCAGCAAGUUAUUGAGAAGCUACAAUUUAUUCAAGAAACUGACACCAGCGAUGCUGUAAUCAAAGCCGCAAAAGCAGCUAAUAAAGUAAUUACAUGGAAACCAUAAUUCAACUGAAUUAUGAGAAAUAAUGUUCCAUAUCGAAAUGUAUCCUACUACGCGUGCCUUAUCACAAUAACGAUUGAUAUGUAGGAUAGAAUAAGAUCAUUUUAAUAAUGAUUGAUUGUUACCUCUGUAUUUUUUAAAAGAUAAUAUCUAUUUUAACUCACUUAUAAUUUACUACAUUAUUGACGUAAAAUUUUAAUAUACAAAGUAUAGAGUGCACUCUAGCACUAUUUACAAAUAUAAUCAAAAAUUUAUACUACAUAAUACUUACUCUGAUAUCUUUGCAUAUCAGUGUACUGUACAUAACGCAGGUCUAAUAAAG